AUGGAGUCAAGUAAAAGCAAAAGCAAAAGAAAAAUAGGGUUACUUACCAAGACGUGGGAAAGAUGUAAAUCAUUGGGUGGUAGCAGAGAUGGAUGUGAAGGAAAGAGCUCCUCAAGAAUCAAACGAGCCUUCUUCAAGAAACGAAAAUCAUGGUCACGUUUAGACUCCAAAAUAGAGGAAACUCUCAAUAUAGCUCCUACAGGUUGUUUUUCUGUCUACGUUGGUCCUCAAAGGCAAAGGUUUGUGAUCAAAACUGAACAUGCAAACCAUCCUCUUUUCAAAACGCUUCUUGAAGAAGCUGAAUUCGAGUAUGGUUAUAAAAGCAAGGGCCCACUUAAGCUUCCAUGUGACGUUGAUGAUUUCUUGAAGGUUUUGCUAGAAAUGGAAGAAUGUGAUCAGUAUAUCUUCAAUCAUCAAGGAUGCACCUUCGGGUCCAAAGGUUAUCAAUAUGCUUCCAAUGACCAUCUUACCUCGUGCAAAAUUAUUGCAAUCAACAAUUUUUAG